AUGGGGAAGGUGUACAGAAAGCCACAAAUGCUGUUUAAGAAAACCUUUCAAAAGACCAAGAACCUCUUCCUCAAAACACUACAUAAUCUCAAUUCAUUUCUCUUUAAAAGUCAUCACAAGUUACCUAAAGUUUGUCACUUCAAUCCCUUCUUCUCUCGUAGCAACCGAAUUCCAAACAGCAUUAUUCAAGAAUUGGAUGAUUUCUACAGAGACUUUCCUCAACAAUGGGAAUGUAGUAACCAAAACGAAGUUCCACAGAGAAAGAACAUUCGCGAAGAAUCAGUAAACAACACAAUGAAAGAACAGAGAGAAAAAAUGGAAGAUGCAUUCCUUCGAAACACAAGUAAAGGUGAGGUAUUAGUACAGAAGAUGAAGGAACUAGAGAUGAUGGAUGAGGAAGAUUUGGAUCAAAUGAUGGACAUAAAAGAAGUGCUCUACUACUACUCUUACCUAAAAUGUCCAGUUUACCUUGACAUUGUUGACAGGUAUUUCAUGGACAUGUAUAAUGAGUUAUCACUUCCACAGACAUUCAUCAAUGUCAACAGUUAA